CUUUAAAUUAAUGGCCCAAAGAUGGCCAACAAUUGAUUGAACCACUCCCAAGAACUCUUUUUUUUUUUGGCAGAUCUUAUCAUCGGGUAUUUUUUGGGUAUAAAACUGGCCACACACCAAGCGAAUUCAAGCAGUUGUCCGACAUGAAGCCAAGUGUACAAAUAUUGGUUCUUUUGGGUCUCCUUUCCCCGCUGAUUGAGGCCCGUCUUUCGGGACUUCGUCGUGUCCAUGGCUCUGGUCGCAGUGCUCUGGAGGAGCCACAAAUUGUGAUCUACUCCUCGCAGGGCGAACACAUCAAGCGAUCGGAUGACGAAGAGGUGACCUUCCAGGAGCCACAAAUCAUCGAAGCAAAACCCGGUGCAGAAAAAGACAGUCGCAAGGUCCCCGACUAUCUCUAUUCGAAUUCCAUUCCCAUGGUGAACGAUCAGAAUGUCAAGUAUGUGGUGCCCCAAGUGGCUGCCUAUCCUGUGGCCUAUGGCCCCUCCCUCCUCGCCAAUCAGAAUCAGAACCAAAACCGCAUCAAUCCGGGUCUGUCCUAUGUGAUGGUGCCACGCGUCCAGCUGGGCUUCAAUCUCCAAGGACAAUCGGGCUUAAAUUGGCCCAAUCUGAAUCUGCUGAACCCUUCGAAUGGCGACUCUGCCGCCGAAAAGGAGGAGCCUAUGGGACCCACUGCCUACAUUCCCAUUCCCGUGCCCGGGCCUCCUGGCCCGCCAGGGCCGCCUGGCAUGCGUGGCCCUGCCGGACCCACGGGUCCACGUGGUCCACGUGGCCCCCCUGGCACCCCUGGCGAAUCUGCUGUUCAUGCUCAGUCCCAGAAGCCCUCACAUAAUACCCCGCAGAGCAUUUGGUAUACGCAGACGAGCAACAAUCAUAAUAAUAAGCCGCAAUAUGCUGAACACUUUUCGAAUAAUGGUUACCAAAGUUAA